AUGGCUUUCUAAUUUACGAGAUAUAAAAGUCGUUAUAAAAUCAAAUAAAAGUUAAGAAUAAAAUAAUUAUAAAUUAAAAGUUUAAAAUUAAAAAAAUAAAUGAUUAAUAGUUUAGCACUUUAGAUUUUAACAAUUAAAAUUUUAAAGAAAACAUUUAAACUUCAAAUUAUAUUCAAAUUAUAUGAUUAAGAAAAAAAAUAUAAGCAGAAGCAAUAAAAUUAACAACUAAAUAUAAUGUAAUUCAGAUAAAAUAAAUGCAUUUUUUAUUAAAUUAACAACUAAAUAUUAAAUAAAUCAAAAGACAGAAAAAAUAAAAUAAUAACCAGAUAGAUAUAAAAUAAUUCAAAUCAGAAAAAAUAUUUUUGCUUUAAAAAAUUUAUUUUAUUUUAAAUUUACAAUUAUAAAUCUAAAAGGUUAUUUUCUAUUCAAUUAAUUUUUAUCAUCUUACUCUUCAAACUAUGUAAAAUAAAUGAAAAUUAUAGGCUUAGAAAAUAGAUAUAAGUUAUUAUAACUUAAGGAAAUCAGCUUAUUUAUUAUAUUUUUAAUAAAUAUUAAAAUGUUAAUAAUAAUUAAAAUCUUUAAGAAUAUAUUUAAAAAAAUAAUUAAAGUUAACAUUUUACAUAUUUUAGUAAAUUAAAACUAUGA